CAGCAUGUCAGACCUGGCUGAGAGCACGUAGCUCCUCAGAGCAGAGCUGCAGGACUGAGCGGCGGAGUGCGGUUAAUAAAGCGGUCAUGAUUCAGAUCAGACACGCUCUGCGGAGAGCCCCGCUCCUCACACAGACCCAUCUCAGCCCUGCGAGCAGCGCGAGACAGCUGCCCAAGGCCUUCAUCUCCACCGGUCCACAGCAGCAGGAUGGAACCUUUUACGAGUUCCGCACCUACUGCAUCCAUCCACACUUAAACGCAGCAUUCCUCAAGCUAACCAGUGAGAAGAUCAGCCUGCGCACUGCACACUCUGAGCUGCUGGGCUACUGGAGCGUGGAGUACGGAGGUCUCAAUCAGGUCUUCCACAUCUGGAAAUAUGAAAGCUAUGCUCAGCGGGCAGCUGUGCGGGCAGCUCUGGCUCGGGACCCCAACUGGAUGGAGGAAUACAUCUCUAAAGCCAUGCCCAUGUUGAGCUCCCAAGACAAUGAGGUCACAUACCUGGUGCCUUGGAGUACAAUCAAGAAACCCUCUAAAGAGGGAGGUGUGUAUGAGCUGGUGUCAUUCCAAAUGAAGCCGGGGGGUCCAGCUGUGUGGGGUCCAACUUUUCAGGGUGCAGUAGGUGCCCACUCAGCUCCAGGAUAUGCCCAUCCAGUGGGGGUCUUUCACUCUGAGUUUGGGCUUCUCAAUAGAGUGCAUGUUCUGUGGUGGUACGAGAGUGCAGACCAUCGGGCCUCUAUAAGACACACAGCUCACAGUGACCCCAGAGUAGUGGCUGCAGUGAGGCAGAGUGUUUCCUACCUGGAAUCUCAGAAAAACAAGCUCCUGUUCCCUUGUGCCUAUUCACCCCUCAAGUGAUCCUGUAGUAUUAAAUACUGGAACAGUGACACACCAGAACACUUUACUCCUGACCUCUAACCUGUGACUAUGAAAUGAGCUCUGACUAAAGCAAGUAAGAGAUCACUAAUGUUUGCAUCUGCGUUAAUAAUGUAAAGUUUAGUGCAGAGUAAAGUUUUUCCUUAGGGGUCAUAGAAAAGUAUUUUGUGUCUAAUGAGUUUUGAACAAGAUUAGAACCAUUAUUUAAAAAUAUUUUCUGUUUGUAGAUUUCAGUCAAAACUGUCUGUAUCCUUUUAUAAAUGUAGAUUCUGAAUGUUAGUUUCUUAUAUCUUAUAGACCAGCUAUGCACCUGCUUUAUUGACUGUUGGAACGUGGGCAUUAAUGUUCUUAGACCUGUUCCUUCCUUAACACUUACAUCAAGCUUUCUGUACACUAACAGCAGACAUGUUUACAAAGAGCAGCAGUCCUUCACAGCCAUAUUCUAGUGCUAUAAUGCAAGCACCAUGUUCAAAAAUACAUUGAUUAAUACAUUGAUUCAAAAUAAAAAUGCUGUUAUGUAUA